AUGACUGUUGAUCUUGACCUCGGUCACCUCACUAAGGCAGUGUUUGUCAGCUCUCUCCACUGCAGAGGUACUCUCAUGGUCCAUCCCUUCCUGACUUUUAAAUUAAAAAAAAAAAAUCUUGUUCUCAGGACUAGAUUGCACUGUUUAUGUAACCAAGUGGAUGCUUUGUGUAGAUGCAGCCUUGAAGGUCUGACUGGCCUCGCUGUCUGUUCAGCAUUGCAGCUGUCUAAACAGAGGCAAACCUAUUCAGGGGCUGUGUGCCCCAAAACUGCAGCCCCAGUGAUGAACACGGGACGCAGUCCACACUGA